GAAAGCAGUGUGUGUGCAUGUGUGUGUGUGAGAGAGGGAGAGCAGCGAGAAGGAGAGAGAGAGGAGAGAAAGGGAGGGAAGCAGAGAGCCAAGUUCAAGGCAAGGAGCGAAAGAGGCGAGAGCUAGGAGAAGACACGCAUGGGAACGAAGGAAUAACCGCUUUCCGGAGCAGGCUGCAGUGAACUGGCUUCUAUUUUCUUUUCCUUUUGGUUUUUUAAAAAAGAAGCAAGGGACAGAAGCCAUGGCCGAGGGAGAAGACAAGCUGAGGCGCUGGUGACCGUGGGUGUUCAAGUGGAUUAUUGGGGCCCUUCUCCAGAGGCCUGGCCUGCCUGCUUUCCAGUUGCACAUAACCCCACAUCCCAGCCAAUGAAGACGAGAGGCAGCGUGAACAAAGUCAUUUAGAAACCCCCGAGGAAGUGUAAACAAAAGGGAAAGCAUGAAUGGAGUGCCCGAGAGACAAGUGUGUCCUGUACUGCCCCCACCUUUAGCCUGGCCAGCAGCUGCCCAGACCUGCCUCUCCCAACCAACUCACUGGUGAUUUGAUUUUUUUAAACUUUUUUUUCCCUUUUCUUUUCCAUUCUCUUUUUUGAUUCUCCUUCAGGGCAAGACGAGGAUUCUGAUUUUGGGACCUAGCCAUGGUCCUUCUGCACCUUCUUUAAAAUACCCACUUUCUGUCCAUCGCCAAACGCUGUUUGGCAAUAUCAGAUAUCUGCUCUAUUUAUUUUUACCUAAGGAAAAUCUCCAGCUCCCUUCCCACUCCCAGCUGCCUGGCCACCCCUCCCAGCCCUCUCCUUGCCCUCCACCUGGGCUGCUGGGAGUCAGAGCCCAGCAAAACCUGUUUAGACACAUGGACAAGAAUCCCAGCGCUACAAGGCACACAGUCUGCUUCUUCGUCCUCAGGGCUGCCAGCGCUUCCUGGAAGUCCUGAAGCUCUCGCAGUGCAGUGAGUUCAUGCACCCUGUUGCCAAGCCUCAGUCUUUGGGAUCUGGGGAGGCUGCCUGGUUUUUCUCCCUCUUUCUGCACGUCUGCUGGGGUCUCCUCCUCGCCAGGCCUCACCACCCCCCUGGCCUCUCUACCUGGCUUGCACAUGAAGAUGCACUUGCAAAGGGCUCUGGUGGUCCUGGCCCUGCUGAACUUUGCCACGGUCAGCCUCUCUCUGUCCACUUGCACCACCUUGGACUUUGGCCACAUUAAGAAGAAGAGGGUGGAAGCCAUUAGGGGACAGAUCUUGAGCAAGCUCAGGCUCACCAGCCCCCCUGAGCCAUCAGUGAUGACCCACGUCCCCUAUCAAGUCUUGGCUCUGUAUAACAGUACCCGAGAGCUGCUGGAAGAGAUGCAGGGGGAGAAGGAGGAAGGCUGCACUCAGGAAAACACCGAAUCAGAAUACUAUGCCAAAGAGAUCCACAAGUUCGACAUGAUCCAGGGGCUGGCAGAGCACAAUGAGCUGGCCGUCUGCCCCAAAGGAAUUACCUCCAAGAUUUUCCGCUUCAACGUGUCCUCGGUGGAGAAAAAUAGAACCAACCUGUUCCGGGCAGAAUUCCGGGUCUUGCGGGUGCCCAACCCCAGCUCCAAGCGCACUGAGCAGAGGAUCGAGCUCUUCCAGAUUCUCCGGCCAGAUGAGCACAUCGCCAAACAGCGCUAUAUUGGGGGCAAGAAUCUGCCCACGCGGGGCACUGCCGAGUGGCUGUCUUUUGAUGUCACUGAUACUGUGCGCGAGUGGCUGUUGCGAAGAGAGUCCAACUUAGGUCUGGAAAUCAGCAUUCACUGUCCAUGUCACACCUUUCAGCCCAAUGGAGAUAUCCUGGAAAACAUUCAAGAGGUGAUGGAAAUCAAAUUUAAAGGGGUGGACAAUGAGGAUGACCAUGGCCGUGGAGACCUGGGACGCCUCAAGAAGCAGAAGGAUCACCACAACCCCCACCUAAUCCUGAUGAUGAUUCCCCCGCACCGGCUUGACAACCCUGGCCAAGGGGGUCAGAGAAAGAAGCGGGCCCUGGACACCAACUACUGCUUCCGCAACCUGGAGGAGAACUGCUGUGUGCGCCCCCUCUACAUUGACUUCCGACAGGAUCUGGGCUGGAAAUGGGUCCACGAACCUAAGGGCUACUAUGCCAACUUCUGCUCAGGCCCCUGCCCGUACCUCCGCAGCGCAGACACGACUCACAGCACGGUGCUGGGACUGUAUAACACCCUGAAUCCGGAAGCGAGUGCCUCACCUUGCUGCGUGCCCCAGGACUUGGAGCCCCUGACCAUUCUGUACUAUGUCGGGAGGACCCCAAAGGUGGAGCAACUCUCCAACAUGGUGGUGAAGUCAUGUAAGUGUAGCUGAGGCCUGUGUGCGACAGAGAAGGGAGAACCGCCACCAUGCAACUGACCGCUCCUCGGGAAGCCAAUGUGACAGACCAAAUUUAGAGGCCUGGGACCUUCAAUCCUUGGCUCCCAGCAUGGCUGAGAUGGAGGCUUCCUUCUGGAACAUUUCCCUUUCUUGCUGGCUCUGAGAAUCACUGUGGUAAAGCAAGUGUGGGUUGGUGGGGGAAAGUGAACUCUUCAGAACACAGAUUUUUCUGUGGUGCAGACAGAGGUGGUGGGGAUUGAGGAAGAGGGAUGGCAAUUGACAUGUUGUGUGGCAAUGGGACUUGGGCUACCAUGGGGAGGAGGAAGGGCGGAGUAUGGCUCUUAUCAGGGCCAGGCUGGAAGACACUUCGGAUCUGAGGGCAGCUUUGUGUAUUGCUGGGCCACAUCUGCCUUAGGGAACCAGGAUGACAUCAUACAAGGCAAGUGUUUUUCUUCAGAUAGGUUACCAAGACAAAGUCCCAGAGUUGUAUUUUGCACUACCUGGGAUUAAGGACAAAUUUGUUAUUUUUGCAACCUGUCCCCUCUACAUCAAUCAACAUCAUGGGUCUUUUCCAGAAAUGUAAUGUAGUUCCUGGUGUAGUACCUAUGUUGGGCCCCAUGCAGAAGCCAAGGGUGGGAAUUAACCCUCUCCUGUUUGCCCUCUGGGUCCCUCUUGCCUUCUUCAUGAUCACAUUUUGCCUGGGACAUCUGGCUAGACACCUUCCAGGUCAGGAUGUGCACAUCAGGAUUUUGGCCCAUGCAGCCUCAAGACAUCAGGGGCUCCUCCCCAUCUACCCCCCAAGACCCUGCAUUCAUUUGGUGUUCCUGGAAGCAGGUGCUACAUGAGGUACUGGGUGGGGGGACUGCACGUGUGCCCCAUGAUGACUUGGCCCCAGGCAUGGAGACUGAGGUAUAAGUACAAAUAUUACUCUCAAAAUCUUUGUAUAAAUAAAUAUUUUUGGGGAAUCAUGGAUGAUUUCAUCUUCUGGAAGACCAUUUCUAGAACAGUAAAAGCCUUACUCUAA